AUGAACUCAAUGGCCCUCCCCCGAGCUCUAGCGAGUACCACCUGGCGCGCAGUCGCCGCCAACCCAUCGGCCCCGGCCUCUCGCGCGGGGUUCUUUACCCAGCGGUGCUAUGCUACCCGCGCCGCGAAGACGACGGCCGCCGCUGCGCCGGCUACCGCUACAAAGUCCACCACCGCUGCGGCGAAGAAGACCACGACCACGACGAAGAAGAGCGUGAGCACUUCUGCUGCUAGCAAGAAGGCUGCUGCUGCUGCUACUGCCGCUACUGCCACCAGCACUACCACGGCUGCCGCUGCGUCCAAGACCUCAUCGGCCUCGACCAAGGCCAGUACCGCCGCUACCAAGGCGGCUGCCGCUUCGAGUACGACCCCGAAAGCUACAAGGACUGUCAAGAAGGCCGCCACGAGCACCACCAAGGCUGCUACUGCUACAUCCGCUGCUGCUACCAAGAAGGCCGCUACAGCAAAGGCUGCCCCUCCUCCUGCUGUCGCUGCUGCUCCCGCUGCUGCCGCCGCCGCCCCGAAGACGCCCACCUCGGUCCCAAGUCCCGCACCCACAGCAAGCUCUCCCACGACAGCCCCGACGAUGACUACCUCGAAACCGGCCCCUACUGCAGCGGCAGCGGCAGCGGCGCCGACAGCGGCUCCCAUCCGGCCCUACGCACCCACACCCCCUCCACCCCGCGCCCCAGAGGCGGAAGUCCGACCCAAGCUGAACCCCAACAGCAAGGAAUACCGGAGAGCGUACGGUACGGCGGCGAGGAAGUGGACCGCUACCAUGGUGGCCAUGCCCAUCCUGCUCGUCACCUCCUACUUCCUCUUUGACAGAUGUCAUGAAGCAAAAGUAAUGCCGGAUUUUGAAGGUGCUAAGAAGGCCGCAGAGGCACAGAAAGAGGUGGAGAAGUUUGUCGAAGAAGCACAGGCGCAAGCCAAGGCGGCAUAG